ACAAACCUCAGAACUCAACAAGUCAGUCAGUCAGACAUACAGACAGCAAUCCAGAAUGCAGACACUGCACAUGUUCGUCAACAGCAUCACCUCCCCAGCGCCACUGAUCCAUCCUCGGACGCCAGAGAAGCAAGAAAAAGGUAGGAGGAACUUGACACUCCAUGCUGCAAAAUCUGGCUCUGGGGGACUUCCAUUCAAGUCUUCUAUGGCGAAGAGGUGUGGAACAUGUAAGGGGCAAGGUGCAAUAGAAUGCCCUGGUUGUAAGGGGACAGGAAAGAACAAGAAAAAUGGGAACAUCUUUGAGAGAUGGAAGUGCUUUGAGUGCCAAGGAUUUGGGUUCAAAAGCUGUCCUGUUUGUGGGAAAGGAGGGCUGACACCAGAACAGCGUGGGGAGAGAUGAACAAGAAACAAGAAAAAAGAUUGCUAAUGAAGUAAUAAACAUGCAUAUAUAAGUAUAACCACACCUUUUAAUAGUUAUUGCAUCUGGGAUUGGUUUGGUGUUAUAACAGCAGCAUUAUCUUUGUUAUCUGAU